GGGUACUGUCCGUGCAACCUUAAUUUUUUUUUAAUUUUACUCCUUAAAUUAUGUUUAAUUUAUCAAAUUUUAGAUUAAAAUAUGAAACUUCAAUUGACUAACAUUUAGCGCAUGGAAGCAUGGAACACCUGCAAAAUAUUUGUUAACAUCAACAAACACAAUGAGCAUAACCUCAAUUGAGUUGACACCUGACAGUUUUAUAAAUAAUAAAAUUCAUAAAAAAAAUGAACAUUUACCAGCAAUAGAGAAAAAUUUUUCAAUUUGAAAUAAUUAAAAAAAAGAUGAGUAAGAAAUGUUGAAACAAGAAGUCUUAAAAUGAAGUCUAUGACUCAUCAUCAUAAUUUUCGAACAUCAAAGCCAUGGAGAAAAAAUUUAUACGAAAAUCAUGGACUACCCGAUAAUUACACCGACAGUUCAUUUUUACAUGACCUUCGUAAAAAUAUAAACCCGAAUAAUGUAACCACAAAAGAAGCAUUGCUACUAGGUGCUAGUAUAUCAAUACAAUUGAGUAUUGUAAUUUUAUUUGUAAUAGUAUUCAUUUGGUUAAAAAGCGAAUGGGCAACUCCAAAUACUAUAUUUGUUUACAGUUCAUUAUUAACAAUGGUCGGUUACUUGCUUUACAUUAAAAAAUUUCCUAAUAUCACUGAAAAAAUAUCUAAAGAUUCUCGUACAGCAUUAAUAUAUCUAGUAUUCGGUUACAUUUUAUCUCCGGUGUUGAAAACAUUAACCGAAACCGUAAGCACAGAUACUAUUUACGCGAUGACAAUAUUUAUGUUUUUCAUUCAUUUGGUAUUUAGUAAAUACGGUUCACCACCAGUAUCAUUAUCUGAUUCUCUGUCAAUAACAUCAUCGAUUUUUGGAUCAUUGAUGCUAGCUUCACGUUUGGUAUCAUCUCUUCAUGCAUUUUCUCUUCUCACUGUUGCUGUACAGUGUUUUGUUUUAUUGCCAUUUUUAUUGUCUAUCAAACAAAAUAACAAUAUUGCAAUAUCAUUAGUAUUAACUUUAAUAACGUUGUAUUAUUUAAUUAAUGUAUCAACAAUAUUAUCUUAUGUGUUUAUCAUUGUUACUAUUUUUAUUUCUGUCAUCUGUCCAUUGUUGUAUGUCAGAUGGCAGAAAUAUAAAGAUAAUAUUUAUGGACCGUGGGAUGAGGCUGUUAUUACUAAAUAAUAAAUUUUUUAUUUAUUGUAAUUUAAAAAAAAAAUAUUUAAAACGAGCAA